AUGGUCAAGGCCCGGCUUCGUUCCCAGCGUCCCUGGUGCGGGGAUCUGGGUGGUCCUUGGCCGACCCUCUCUCCAGUGCAGGCCGCCAACGCCACCGCCUCGCCCUGCGGUUCUGGGUCCUCGACGCCUUCUGAGGCGGGCAGCGAGGAGCCGGACUCCCCUGCGGGCUUUGAGGACUUCGCGGCCGAGGCCCCGCUGGCGAAGCCCGACCCAGCCUGGAUGUCGGGCCCAGCCCGAGAGGGCCAGAGCCUGGACCUGCUGGAGAUCAGCUACGCCGAUGUCUUGGCGGAGCUCACGUCUCAAGGUCUGCCAGAGGAGGAGACCGAGUCAGACUCAGGAGGAUCGGACAGCGCGCCGUCGGCAGACAACUUGGAACCGGCGGGGCUCCAAGGAGUAGCAGAGGCAUUGGUCGCCAGAAGGAGGCGCGAGGCGCGGAGCAGCCUUAAGCCCAAGCGGAAGGCGUCCCGAACCAAGAGCUCGACCAAGCGGCUGACCAAGGCGCCUUCCAAGAAGGACUUGCAGACCACUGUCGGCGCCAGGUUCAGGGCGAAGUCCCUCGGCGCCCGGCGCAGCGACCGCGUGGAGAAGGACGAUGAGCCGCCGCCGCUGUGUCCGAAAGAAGCCCGGAGCUCGCCCGAGGAGCAAAGUCAUCCGCGGAAUCGCGAGCCCGUUCAGAGGGUCGUUGCCUUCGGACAGACGACCUACCUUGCGCAGCCCUACGCCUCUGCCACCACUGGCCACCCUCAAGGCCGCGCCAGCCCCUUUUCCCGAACCAUGCCGCGCCUCGAGGACCGCAGCGAGCGGGAGCCGCCAACCUUGAUUCGAGAGCGCGAACGGUUCGCCAUGGGACUCCGUGCUGAUCGAGGUGUGAUAUCUCCGCCACCUGGUCGUGCGACACACAUCCGCCACGCAGGGAGCUGUGUGCUGCAGUCCCGGCCAGGUGAGCGAGAGGGGGCUCCUCAAAUCAGUGCAGAGGCGCCACCGACUGCAAGUGGGGCGACUGCCGCUUACUUCGCCCCCCUGCCCAAGAGCCCGGCAUCGGGAACUGGACGCCUGGCGGACUUCCUUGCUCCGAGCAGCCCGAGCCUAAGUAGCUCCCUGGAUCGGAACCUGCGGCCGAAAACCGUGGGCGGUGUCGGCCUGGGUGCACGGCCCUGUUCUGCUGGGCCUCGGCUGGCCGAGCGGCGCCGCAGCGAUCAGACCCUGGCCAUCAAGUGGCUGACCUGGGACAGCCUUGGCAUCGAGAGCAAGGAGCCCAAGGAGCCCUAUUCGCGGGAAGUGAAGGAGGCGCGAGAGGUGGAGCCCGUGGAGCCUGCGCGGUCCUGGAGCUGCCAGGAGCCGACGUCGCAGACGUCGCAGACGUCGCAGACCGAGAAGCUGGCGCUGGCGACCUUGAGAUCCUGGGCGACCACUGCCGUCACGGCCACGGCCAAAGCAGACUUGGAGUGCUCCUUGUCACCCGACAACGCGGACAACGCCGACCUCCCGAGUAAGGGAGAUGCUGCCAUUCCAGCGGAUUCCAGCGCCCGGAGUUCAAAAGAGGGCACCUGGCCUCAAGGGGUAGCGCACAAGCCGCAGCAGUCGUUGACACAACAUGCGGUUAGCAUCUCCCCGGUACGGGGUGACCACCAAAUCUUCCUCGAGCGCUCGGCUAGCUCGCUGGCUGCCUCUGUCGUGGAGUCCUCGCAGAUGCUGAAGGCGGUAGGCGGCAUUCCCUCGCGUCCGGUGCCGGGCGCAGACCUGGCCAGCUCGGGAUUAGGUGUGGUCACGCCUGGGGUCCAGCUCACGGUGCAGCCGCAUCAGGUCUCCGAGGUGGCUCCGAAGUACCGUGGGUCUGCCCGGGAGCUCUUCGCAGCGCUCCAGGCGUCCACCUCCAGCAGCCUCGCGGCGCUGCCUGUAGGUUCGGCAGGCAGCCGCCAGUCAAGUUCGUCGCGGUCAGCUUCCCCAAGACGGGGAGACCGGUCGCCCUCGCCCUCUGCCGCGGCCCGCGCGGUGGGAGGGCAUCCAGAUGCCGGGUACUCGCCGAGGAUGGUCAGCGUCAAGGACUUCCAGCGGGGCACGCCCCUCGUUGCCCCCGCGCAGCUUCUGCCAUUUCCGGGCCCAGAUGGCCAUUCCCCGGGAAGGCGCCGGCGCCUGGCCGAGCUCGCGGCCGGAGGGAGGAGUGGCAUCCAAGACCCCGGGAGGGGCGUGCCAAGACAGCAGAAGGAGAAGGAAGACCUCGCUGAUGGCAUCGCGGCAAUGAUCUCGCCGGUCGUUUGCGAGCUCGGCGCGUUGAAAACGGCGCCGGCCUCCGAAUGCUCGGGCUUCGAUUUCCUCCUCGACAGGCUGGUGGAGCAUCCAGAGGAGUGCCUUGCGGAUCCUUUGGCCCUCUUCCGCGCCCCGGUGUGCAUGCCGGCACCGCAGGGCGCCCAGGCCAAUCCUGUUACCCUUGCCGGCUCAGGAAACUCCAUGUCGCCCUACAGCUCAGGCGACUUCCCGGUCGCCCGUUUGGAGCAGGACACAAUCAGCUACAAUUCGGCCAUUGGCGGAUGUCGGGUGAACUGGCGUCGAGCAGCCCGUCUGCUGCGCGAUGCUGUCGCCGAGAGCUUGGCGGACAGCAUCACCUACAGUGCAACGAUCGCGGCCCUGCCUUCGUGGAGACUUGCCCUGUCGCUGCUGGCCCAAGCCGCUCAAGGCCAAGUGCCGGCAGAGCAGCUGACCAGCGUAGUCAACUCGGCCGCUGCUUUGAGCGCAGGCCUCCGAACUGCUAGCGGCACCUGGUUCGACCAUCCGGUCCGCUGGCGCACCACCCUCGCUCUGAUGCGGGCCGCGCAUUCCUGGAACGUAGAGCUGGACACCGCCAGCCACAACAUCAGGUUGGGGUCCCAAGCGAAAGCUGCGCCUUGGCAGGCCGUUUAUUGCUCCUUCUCCGACAUGACUCGGUGCUUGGUGGCCCCCGACAGCAUAUCCUGCAGCACCGUGUUCCAAACGCUGCCCUGGAAAGUCGCGUCAAACGUCCUCACGAAGCAGCUGUCGGCCGGCCUGCGCCCAUCGGAGUCGGUGGUGAAAGCCUUGGCUGAUGCCACGGAGCCACAUCGAUUGUGGCAAUUCGGGUUGGACUUGCUGGACAGCCGCUCACAACAGGCUGGGCAGCUUGUGUCGUGA